AUGCACAACACUACCAUUAAUAGUAACCUCACUUUCACUACUUAUAAAAAUCCCUUCGAGGAUGAUGAUCAAGAGCAUGAGCAUGAUCAAUUACAAAUACAAUACUACGAUGAUGAAUCCCUUUCACUUUGUGAUCUUCCAACUAAUCCUUUUGAUCAGCACAAUUUCUCCGUUAAUCACAGCCGUCGAUCCUCUACCGCCUCCUCAUCUGAUCCUACAUCUGAUUUCUUCUUUGAAUUCCUCAUAAACAACGAUGAUGACCUCAUUACUGCUGCUGAUAACGUCAUCUUGCAUGGUCGUCUUCUUCCUUUUGCUCCUCCUCAUCGUCCUCGUCGUUCUCUGUCUCUCUCCUCCAGUUUAACUCGUCCUCCUCUCGCUGAGUCGUCAGCUGAGUCACUUCCUGCUAUUCGUCCAAGUCGCUCCCUCGAUUACAGGAAGUUACACCGGAAUAGGUUUAAUCCGAAACCGAAAUCAAAAACAGAGUUAUUUCAUAGGUUUUCGAAGAAUAGUAAUACUAAUCACAAUCGAUGUAAUUCCGAUAAAAUUCCGGCGAAAUCGUCGUGGUAUUGGCUACUAUUCAGUCUACCGGUGAAAGUCCAGGCGGAAAUGGAGCUAAAAGACAUUAAAAACCGUCAAUUUCGCCGGAAUUCUACUCCGGAAAAGCUGUAUUCCGGCAAUCAGAGUUGUUGUUCAUCUGCUUCUUGGAGAUUUCUCAAUGUAUUGAGCUGUAAAAGCCAUGCCGCUGUCGACGUUACUAAUACGGCACCGUUUCGAAAAUCUUUGAUGUGA